AUGGCCAUUGCCGCGAUACAUUUCCGAACGAUCUGCCUGGAGUCGGCCAAGCAAUGGUCACACAUCACCUCCUGCCUCUCCCAAAUCGAUACGCCUAACGCAGAAGAUAAAACAUACUUCAUUUUCUAUGAUAAAACAGACUUCCUACCUGUAUUAAAAGUUCAGAAAGAAGUGAGAACUGUACCCCAAGCAGUCAGCAAACUGAAUCAAAAACCUCAACCGCCAAGUAGAGAUAAAAAGAGAACUGUAAAGAAAUUUAAGAGUAAAAGGAAUGGUCUGAGAUGGAAAUGCAAGGAUUGCGGAAAGGAGUUCACACUGCCAAGCUAUUUGAACCAACAUUUGAGGAUGACCAUGAAACGGGCUUGCACCCACUGUGGAAAAAUUGUCGGUAGGGAGAAACUGCACCAACAUCUGGCGAACGCUCACAACAUACAUUUAUAUCACUGCAAGAGUUGUCACCAACUUUUUCAAGAGGAACAUGAAUUGGAACAGCACACACAAACAGCUCAUAGUGUGUUUUCAUACGUCUGUCACGUGUGUAACAAUGGUUUUAUAAAUGAUCGCGCCUUAAACGCUCAUAUGUAUGCCCACACUUUAUUCCAUUGUCAGUCAUGCAGCUCCAGUUUCGAAAAUCGCCGAUGUUACAAGUAUCACAUCAGCCGCUGCGGAGGUUCGAAGCGACAACCUGAAUCUCUCUACGAGUGCCACGACUGUGGUAGCAAGUACAAGAAGAAGGAGUCGUUAAGGACGCACAUAGAGCAGAAGCACUUAAACGUGCUGCCUUUCAUCUGUCAGAAAUGUGGCAAAAGGAGUUCUAACCUAGGUCAUCACAGGGCACACGAGUCCAUCCACAUGACAGAGAGAAAGGUGUUCCAGUGCUAUUGCGGAGCUAAGAUGCUUACACAGUUGGGGUUCAAUCUUCACCAGAGAAACCAUUCAGGUGUAAAACCGUACGAGUGCUCCGUCUGUGGUGAUCGCUUCCUCUCGUCAUCUAGACGCCUGGAUCACAUCAAGCGACGACAUAUUAGCACUAAAGAUUUUCCGCAUGGGUGUGAAAAGUGUCCCGCUAAAUUUAUCAGACCGUCACAGCUUAAGAAACACUAUCAAGUUGCUCACUGUACCUAA